AUGGUGGAAAAUCAAGAAGAUAGUGAAAAGCCUAAAAAACCUACAACACACGAUGAGCGUGGUGCAGCAGAUUUGGAACGUGUUACUGAUUAUUUUGAAGAGAAGGAGCUUAGUGUUGGCCUAGAUGCAGUCAAAGCUGUAUCAGAUACAGCUGGUGAUGCUGACAAAGCUCAGAAACAGAAGCAAAUGUUGAAGAUUAAAGUCAAAAAUGAAGACGUAUCACUCAUAUGUCAGGAACUCGAAGUUAGCAAGCUGACGGCGGAGCGAUAUCUAAAAGAACACCAGGGCAACAUUUUUGAGACACUGGUUGCGUUGUGUAAAUAG